UUUCAUAUUAUUUUAGAUUUGAUAGAUAACUCCAAAAUGUAUAUGUGUACGAUAUGCGGCUUGAAGAAGCCAGAGCUUGGCAGUAAUCCGGAAUUUGAGUUCCGCAGCCGGCGGCGUCAACAAGAGAGUGGCUACAUGGAAGGCAUCUCCGAUUGGUGCUCAAAAUGUGAAGCUUUGCGGUUUUUCCUCAAAUCUGACAAUAGCAACGAGCCCAGCCAAUAUCUGCAGGAGCAGCCCAAAAGGAAGUUUGCCAACUCCGCACUCGAGGCAACUGCGAAUAGUUUGCAAAGACCCCGAAGAAAUGCGAGAGCGAAUCAAAACGAUUCGAAUAUGAAUACUCCAUUAGAUCGCCAUAUACAAAAUGAGGUAGAUAAAUUUUUUAGGCAAGAGUCAUUGGGUGCGAUACCAACGCAAUAUCCACGCAAUUUGGAUCAGCAGUUGCGCUCCCACAGCGCUGAUCGCGCUCGUCGACGUAAUCAAUAUGUCGAACAGCGAUCCAAGUCGACGGUUCGAGAGCCACUUCACAAACUGCACCAGGCGGAUCAUCGACGAUGUCAUAUCAGGAAUCUGACCGCAUUGGGCGCCCUAAAGUCGAACAAAAAUGUGCAGCUGGAUGAACGAGAUGCAACACAUUCUGCCGGGCAGCGCAAUGACCUGAAAGAUCUAGAGGAUGAACCUACAGUGCCUCUCCAGUAUAUGCGAAAGGCGCCCAUGGACAAGAUGCAAAAUCCGUGGCAAGAAGAGGUACAACGACAAGUGAAUCAACUGCUUGUCAACAGUGCCUAUAAAGGAGAGGUGAAAGUUGCAAAGACUUGCGACGAGAGAAAAUUAGAUGAUGAAGUUGCCACAAACAGGCUAACCAUGUACGAGGUGGCCAGAGACAUUAGGGAGAUGGAGCAGGACGCUCUAAAGAAGGAACUCAACCAAAAAAUGCUUGAAAAGCAGAGUCUGGUGUGCGAGUGGAAUCGCAUACGUCGCCGUGUCGAGGGUGAAUGCAACCGGGUCAAGGCGGAGUUGGACGAUCUGGAACGACAGCGUAAUAUGGAAUUGAAGCCUGCCGUUGAACGGCAACAAGGUGGUGGACCGAUUCGACCACCUCCACCACCCUUCAAGCAGUUGGAAAGCGAUUUGGAAAGGCAGCUAAAGAAUAAGAAUGAUAAAUUGGAUCAGAUUGAUAAACAAAGACUGGAGAGCAUAUUAGCAACGCUGCAGGAGAACUCACAACAAGUUGAGUGCCCCUUUAACGAAUUGGAUGAAAACGAGUGUGAAUACGGCUUCCAGCCAUCUGCUCCGCCAGUCAGUGAAACGGAUAUUGAACUGAGCGAAACACAUAUCGAAAGUGAGCAUGAUGCCAGCCUACAAGAGUCGGAAUCUCUCUCUUUAAUAGGGUACAACACAAAUAAUGAUACGAUGCAUUCAAUUAAAUUUGAAGAAAGGACUGACACCUUAAUUACGCAACCAAUGCGCGUCACUAGUAAUCUGAGCCUUUUGGUGUCCACUGUGCAGCGAGCCACAUUCUGCAGUUUUGCCCAGGAUCCACAACAGCUGCUGCAGGCAUUAAAUAAAUCGGAUCAAACAAAGCGCGAUGAUCCACCGCCAGCACAAUUCAGCACAGUGCCCUGCCACUCCAAAGAGCUGAUCAAUCUGCUGCAAAUCAAACAACCGAAUAUGUUGCGACCGCUCAAAUUUUGCCGUUUGCCCAUUUUGUGCCCCCAUGUCGAUUGCGGGCGGAUGUUUCAUAUCUCGGAGUUCAAAAAUCACUUGAUGCUGGAGCAUCCAUCGCUGCCCAUUGAGCGUAUUUAUCCUGGUCGGGCGAGGACCUUCUAUUUGGACACACGCGUCACGCUGCUGAAUAACACCAAAUGCAACAUGGUCUACUUUGUGAAUGACAAGUUCAACGACAAGAAUUGCAAUUCCAAAUUACCCAAUCUAUUCCCCGUGCUCGUAAUGACUGCGCGUUUGCAUAUGCCCGAGUUCCUUGCGGCCAACAAUAACUAUUUAAUGCAGUCUACCAAGUCUUCCAUUGGUGGUCCCGAUACCGAAAUCUUUCUAAUUUGGCUGACCAGCGUUAAGCCGCAAGACAUGCAGAUUAUUGGGACCAUAGCCGUGUGGCCAACGAACAGGGAUCCCCUUAUUGAAUACCUAACAGUGCAAACCAAUGAGGUCUACGAUAUCCAUUUGGAUCAAAGACUGCAGAGCAUCUAUAAUAGCAAUCGAGCUCUGACAUUGUCCGGCAAUUAUGUCAAUCGCAUAACCGAGGGAGGCAAGUACCUUUUGCCCGCACAGGUUUUGAUUCAUUAGAACUUCGUUUUCUAUAUCAUUUUGAGACACCCAUUUUGAUUUUAGAUAAUCUUUGAAUAAAUUUUUGUGCAAAUCAA